UUCAGUUCUAGUUUCAAAGUUGUCGGAGCUCACGAAAAAAAACGGUUUCGAGUUGAAUCAAGAUAUUGAAGUUGCAGCAGUUUUCGUUUGAUUGGCACCAAAAGCAGAAAAUGUCCGAAGAAAUGGAAAUUACUCCUAUUACCGGAAUGGAUGAAGUGUCCGAAAAAACUGCGGAGAAAGUCUUUGCUCCAAUGUUCGAAGCAGAAAUGUCCGAGAAAAUGGAUAUAACUCCUGUUACCGGAAUGGAUGAAGUGUCCGAAAAAUCUGCGGAGAAAGUCUUUGCUCCAAUGUUCGAAGCAGAAAUGUCCGAGGAAAUGGAAAUAACUCCUGUUACCGGAAUGGAUGAAGUGUCCGAAAAUUAUGAGGAGAAGGGCAUCGCGCCAAUAUUCAAAGCACAUAUGUCCGAGGAUACGGAAAAUACUCCUGUUACCGGAAUGGGAGAAGUGUCUCAAACUUAUGAGGAGAACGCAAUUGCGCCAAUGUCUGAAAUAUGCGCAUCAGGUGACCCAGUAUCUCCAAUGGAUGGAGUAGCCCAGGAAGAGAACACAUUUGCCUCCAUCCCAGAUGGUAUAACCCGACUCAAGGACAUUCUUGCUACGCAGACAUUCCUUGUCCAGAGAAAUGAAACUGUUGUUCCCAGAAAUGAAAUGUCCCAGAUGAUAUCACCGUUGGUCGAAAUAUCACAAAACGAACAAAAUAUCAACGAUCCUUCCGUGAAUGAGAAUCCACAAAUGAUCAUGGAUACGAGCACUUUUUCCACGAACGAUGCUUCCACUACCAAUGUCGUCUAUGUGGAACAGGAGCCAACAUCGGUGGUGAUGGUGGAGCAACCAAACACAAUCAUCGAGCUGGUGGAUUAUUAUGUGCCACCAGCGUCCUUGAACAACAGGACAAUCCGCCCGUUUUUCCCCAUCCCAGUGCCCAUGUACCCCGAAUCCUCGCCGGAACCCCCCGCCCCCAAGCCGGCGACAAAGGGUAAGCGUGGCCGGAAGCCAGGUCCCAAACCUAAGCCGCGAGCAACCAAGCGUCGUCGCCCGCCGACGCCUCCUCCACUGCCGCCGGUACCGAACUUCCUGGCACACGUCAUCAAUCCGCUGGAGAAUGAAAUAUAUCCCAAGGUCAUUGUCCAGCCGGUCUAUCAGCCCUGGGUGCUGCGCAGUGAUGUGGCUCCUAAGCCGCCGCCACCCAAAGUGGCAGUCAAGGAGGCGCCGAUUCCCGUCAGCCGUCCGGUGACCAACCCCCCCAGCCGUUCGCGGCGCGUGCUGAUCAGCGCCCAUCUGCGCGAGAAACUGCGACUCUUUGGUCCGGAUGUGACCAUCUCGCUGAUCGACGACCGGGUAUCACCGCACUUCAAGGCGGUGAGAAGGGAACCCGAUGGCAGCCAGCGUCAAAUAUUAUUCACCGCCCCACAGCUGCUCUCCUUUACCGCCGCCCACUUUGGCAAUUGGCCGCAGAUGGUGCCCAUCCAGAUGCUGAUGAUGAAGCCUUCGCCGGCCAUGUUGUCCCAUUACUUUCCCGGACCCAUGGGUCAAACUUUGGUCAAGAAAUGGUUUGCCGAUCAGCAGCCGCUCGAUAAGGAGCCAUCAUUGCCCUUCAAGAUGCCCAUCGGCAGGCCACCGAAGCCCAGCAAAUCCACUACAAGGCCCAGUAAAACAUAUUUACAUCCUGGCAAGCCCCAAGUAUCCAAGCAAUUUGCAGCUCCAGCUCCCCCUGCAGUGCCUGCUCCUCGUCCAGCUGCUACAUUUGCUCCACCACCAGGUGAUGCUCCUACUUCACAUCCAGCUGGUGAUCCGGCUCCAGAAUCCACUCCAACUCCGGCUCCGGAAUCCAAUCCAGAUCCGGCUCAAACUCCCACUCUGGCUCCCACUCCAGCUCCGCCAGUUGCGCCUACUCCAGCACCUACUGUGGCCUCUAGCCCUACGGAUCCAUUUGAUGAGAGCAUGUUUCCACCAAUCAUUCUGCCCGCUAUCCUCAAGCGUUCAUCCCAGGAGAGGCUGCGCAAAUCUAUAAUGGCCAAGCGGAUCAAGGCCAUGAAGGAGGCUGCAGCUGCGGCUGCGGCUGCGGCAGAAAGUGCCAAGUUGAGUCUGAACAAUGAUAUGCCGGCGAAAGAGUUUUGACUCGAAUAAUUGAAAAUUUGUGAAAACACAAACCAACGUCUUCGAAACAAAACACACCUCCCGAAUUCCAACUAAGAAAUCAGGAGGACGAGUCAAAGAAUUUGAAUAAAUAAACCACAUAAAACAUAAGAAAAUAAUACUGUAAAAACACAAUUGCUCAAUUAACCAGAUGUGAUUCAAAAGUAAAAUCUGAUCAUUGAAAAGUGAAAGGACAAGUCGAAGGAUAAGAGGGAUUCGGACAACUCAAUGCAAGAAAAUAAAAUGUAGAACAUGUUGAAUGUAAAAGAAUUCGAAACAUAAAGAAAUUAGCCAAAUGUCCAAAAAAUUUAUAUUUUGUAUGUAAUGUAUAUAAAUAAAUAAAUAAAUAAAUGU